AGAGGCGAAGGAGCGAAGAACUCAUGGAUGCGAACGAACCCCCAGCGGCGUCAUCAGCGCCGCCCUCCUCCGAGCCUCCACCACCGCCCUCCUCCACGGUGGCGGCGCCGACGCCGACGCCGACGACUACUCCGUCUCAAACCUCAUCCUCGUCCGCCCCUGCGACCACCGAAGUCCCGCCUCCAUCCACCAGCACCUCCUCCUCCGCCCCCAUACCGCCCCAAUCGCAGCAAACACAGCAGUCUCAGACGAGGCCUCCAGUCGCCACUUCUCGGCCCCAGGGCCCUUUCCCCCACUUCUCGUCCCACAUACCAGCCACCUCCUCUGCCGCCACUUCUACUGCUCCGAUCCAGCGGGGCGGGAUGGCAAUUGGAGUUCCCGCCCACCAUCCGAGACCCCAUCAGCCAGGCCAGACCUUUUUCAACCCAUCUACAACCUUCAGUCAGCCCUACUCUGGCCUUCAUCGCCCCGACCAGUCCUCCUUGUCAAAUGCCCAGGCCAGGCAACCUGCUCCUGGGAUUCAGACCAUUGGCAUGAUUGGUUCUAUUAGCUCUGGUUCUCAGAUGCGCUUGAGUGGAGUUGCUGGACAGCAUCCACGGCUUGGUCAGCCAACAGCAAGAUCAGCAUCUCCAGCAACUAGUCAAUCUUUAAGUGCCCAAAAAUUUCAAACCCAUGGUUUAGCAAGACCUCCAAUGGCCUCUUCAAAUACCCCAACAUCUGGAGCACAAACUCCUCAAACUCUUGAUCAACAAUGGAUGGCAGCCCAAGGAAAACAGUUGCAAGCAUCUCCUUCCUCUCAAUACAGGCCACAGUUGAAGCAACAGGUACCUCAGCAAAGGCCGCAGCUUUCCCAGCAACAUCAGCAUUCUUUACAGAGCACUUUACUACAGCAGCAGCAACAACAACAACAACAAAAGAAUCUACCGCUGCAUCUUCAACAAAUGCAUCAACAGCAGUCUGCUUUGCCAAAUCAGUCACAAGAACACAAUCAACAGUUCUUACCAUCAAGAAGCCAACAAAUGCUGCCACCACAGCAAGGUGCUCGUGCUCAUUUGUCAGUUCAGCAGAAGUCAAAUAUUCCAGCAUCAUUACAGUCUGCUGCUCAAACGGGGCCUAUUUCUUCAGUUGUUGCCCCAGAUCCUGAAUCUGGUACUCAGAUUCUCAGCAAGAGAAGUAUCCGUGACUUGGUGGCUCAGAUUGAUCCAUCCGAGAAGUUGGAUCCUGAGGUUGAAGAUGUUCUAGUGGAGAUUGCUGAUGAUUUCAUUGAAUCUAUAACAGCAUUUGGUUGCUCUUUGGCUAAGCAUCGAAAAUCUACCACACUGGAAGCAAAGGACAUACUUCUUCAUGUCGAGAGAAAUUGGAGUAUGUCACUCCCCGGGUUUAGUGGAGAUGAGAUUAAGUGCUAUAAGAAACCUGUUAUAAAUGAUAUUCACAAGGAAAGACUUGCUGUGAUCAAGAAAUCAAUGGUAGCAACAGGCGAUUCAGGGAAUGUGAAAAACCCCACUUCUACACAAGCUGCAGCAAACUCCAAAUCUCAUGCUGCCAAACCACCUCCGGCCUGAAGCUUCGACAGUUUGUUCUCAUCCUCACUGACUUCCUCAAUCCAUCCUACAAAUCUUUUUGUAGUAUCCUUCUUCUUAACAUGUGCAGACUAACUCCUCAUGCCAGAUAACUUACAUGUUUUGACUCUCUUGGUCGAUUGAAAAGAGUGUUACUCAAUGAAUCAAUCACCAUAUUCAUCAUGAGGAGGAUUCUGUCUGCCAUGUUAUACCCUUUUGUAGUACUAUUUCUUAAUUCUACCUGCAAAUUUUGCCGGAUUCUUUUGCAAACGUUGUGUCACUGGUUAGAUUAGAUUGUUUCCUAACAUUGCUUGGCAUAUGAGCGCAUGUGAUCUUGCCUACCUUGUUAUCUGUAUCUAACGUGACUCUUUGUUAUUUUCAUGGUUCAAGCUUAUUCUA